UCUGAGAGAGGUGGGCCUCGGUUCUCGCCCGUGGGUCAGGGCUGUGGCGAACAGACUGAGGCGAUCGUACCUAUUCCAAUUCUCCCCAUCUUCGAUUCGUCUAUCCGUCCUAUUAAAAAUGGGUAUCUGCGCGUCAAGUUCUACACACAAACAUCAUUAAUCAGCCUUGUCAGAUGUGGAGUACAGCGCAAGGUAAUUGUUUAUUUACCGAGGAAGUAG